UGUGAUUGAAGUGUCCGAAGUUUUAAACUUCAAAAUGAGAAAAAGAAUGAACAAAGAAACAGUUACCUCGUUUUUCCUAUUUUUUAACAUAUGUUGUUCUAUAUGUAUUGUACUCUUAAAUAAGUGGGUAUAUGUCCACGUAGGUUUCCCUAAUAUCGCUUUAACUUUUCUGCAUUUCGUUGUUACUUACAUCGGCUUGGAAGUAUGUAGAAGAUGCAGUGUUUUCGUAAAAAAGUCUGUGCAGGUUAAGGACAUUAUUUCGGUAGCUAUAACAUUUUGCGGGUUUGUGGUUUUUACGAAUCUUAGCUUGCAGCAUAACACUGUAGGUACUUUUCAAAUCGCUAAAUCAUUGACGACGCCUUUCAUCAUUAUCUUGCAAAUGAUGUUAUAUGGGAAAAAGUUUUCUGUGCGCGUGAAGUUGACGCUGAUUCCAAUAACAGUCGGUGUUUUCCUGAAUUUUUAUUAUGAUCUGCAGUUCAGUUUCUUAGGGACGGUGUACGCUUCUGUGGCUGUGGUUGUAACGUCAUUUUAUCAAGUGCUUGUCAGUAAAAAGCAGCAGGACUUGCAAGUGGAUCCUAUGCAACUUCUGUACUACCAAGCUCCAAUAUCAUCAUUGAUACUACUUAUACUUUUACCAUUCAUUGAACCAGUAGUGUUCACAAUAUCCCACAACUGGAGAACUGCAGAUGUUUGCAUGAUACUUGCAUCAUGUUUCAUUGCCUUUUUUGUAAACAUCUCAAUAUACUGGAUCAUUGGAAACACUUCACCACUGACAUACAACAUGGUUGGACACCUUAAAUUUUGUGUCACCAUGCUAGGUGGUGUACUGUUGUUUGAAGAUCCUCUUCAUAUUAAUCAGGGUGUUGGUAUUUUGCUCACAGUUAUUGGGAUAACUUCUUAUGCACAUGUGAAGGUUACUGAGCUGAGACCAGUGCCCAAAACAGUAGAAGAAGGUUUCCAAAUACUCCCUGGUGGUAGGAUUAGCUAGUUUUGUUUCUGGAAGCUGAGCACUGGGACAACAUGUAAUGUGAUAUUGUCAAUAUCUUUACUAUGUAAAGAAGAUAUGAUGAAUGCAUUAAGACAUGACAUCCUCAUACCAUAAUUAUACUUACUUGUUUAUCUUUCACAAAUCUGUAAUUCAUUCAUUCAUGGCCAAAAGUGCUAUUUGUGAUACAUUUCUCUACAUGUUAUUAAGGAAUACAUGUUAUACAUAUACAAAUUAGAACUGUGUGUUUAUAUUUUGAUUCAGAUUCAUGUUAUUUGGACCAGAAAUGUAUGUAUUUCCUCUUGUAUUUGUCCUGUUAAGAAGUGACCCAAACAUUGUGGUGAUAUAAUAAUAUGCUGGAAACAGCAACAGCAGCAGCAGCAGCAGCAACAACAACAAUAACAAUUAAAAGAUUCUUAGUUUAACUAAGGCUAGCCAUAGUAGUUGGGCUUUUUGCUCCAUCAAAAGCACAUGAUAUAUUAGACAUUGAUAACUUGAUGCUUGCUGUUUUCUGUCCAUUAAAUAUUUCCUGAUAAUUUUGAGAAAUGUUCCCUUUCCCAUGGAAUUUACAUCAAGGAAAUGUUAAAUGUAUACAUCAAAAGUGGACAGGUCAACAUUAAAAUGAUACAUUAGCUGUGAAUUUGAUUGACUUGUAUUUCUGUCUGUCAAUUGGUACUUUUUAGCUCAGCUUCCUGGAUUAACCAUUUAUUUAAACAAGCAUCUGGAAUUUUAUCUACAUGGUGCCCCUGGAGGAAUAGUCAACAUUUAGGAAUGUGUCAGAAACAACCAUUUGAAGCAAAGAAGUCUAGUAAACAGGGGCUCUCAAAUGCAUACCUUAGGAGCUAUGGGCUCUUGUUCAGUAGAUGAGAUGUGUUUCACAAUAGCAAAGAUGAAGUACUGCUCAUAGCUCUUAAGGAAUGCAUUUCAGAAUCCAUGGUUGGUAGACAUUUUUUUUUUUUUUUGAAACUGUCAUUCCUGUCAUAUACCUGAAUACUGGCUAUUCCUCAUGGGACAUCCUAUACAUUUUAUUGUGGUACUUUUAUCUAGUCAAACUGUUGUAAAUAUCAUCCCUUGUAAUAUGAUUCAGUGUAACACUCAACUCUCAGAAAGCACAGUUCAGAAUUUUGUUGUUUUUCUCUAUUACCCUCCUGGUAACUCAUUCUUCACAGCAGUAUUUCAUCACUGAAAGUGUUACUAGUUUCUAAAAUUUAAUUUCAGUUUAUUUUCAUGUUUCAUGAAAAUUCCUUUGAAGGGAAGAUGGAAGUAUGUUGUUUAAUGUCUUAUUAGUAUCUACAUUAUUAUCAAUGAUUGGACGGCGAUGAAGGAAGACAACAGCUAUGCUCUGUUUAAGGAAUCAUCACUGUAUUUAGUAGAAGUCUUUUAGAGAAACUGUGGAGAACCUAAAUUAUGGGGGCCAGAUGGAAAUUUGAAGCUUGCUUGUCCAAAAUAUGAGUCAAGCAUCUUAACUACGUUUCCAUCUCACUCAAUUGGUACCACAGAUUGCUCUGAACUUUUUUACUUUGCUGUGUAUGUUAUUAAUGUAUCCAUGUGUAAUCAUAAAAACAAAAAAGUUAAGAUGCCAUAUUUUUUACUGUUACAUUUUAUUGUUUCAGUACCCUAUCAAUCUUUGUAACAAAGAUAAAAUUAUACAAUAAUAGGGUAUCUAACAUGUGGAGUGCUCUUGG